AUGCCUACCCAAUUUUUAAAAACUUAUUAUCGACGAGGUGCCAAUGUUUUAACACCGGAGAGGUCGAAGAAAUCAGAUGCCUUAAAAAUAAGGUCACCGCAUAAUAAUAAACAUCUGCAACAGAGUGGUGAAUAUGUAUUAGCUGAUAUGCUCCCAAAGGCAUCUAGCCCCAGCGAGACUGAUAGCAAGAAAAAAAAGACUGGAGGGACUAAGCCGAAAGAAAAAUCUAGGUCUAAGUCCAUUCGUAUUUCUAAAUCACCCGUUACUCAGAUGCCUCCUUUAGAACUGAUUCAACCAUUCUCCAUGAAUUUAGAAAGCUCAGAUAUAAACAAAGAGGAAUUAUGCACUUCACUUUCAGAAUCAGAAGAAUCAGAAGAACUUGUAUUAGAACUAUUACUAGAAGAAGUAUUGGAGGAAGUAUCUAAAUCUGAAUCUACAGUAGCGAGAUUAACCUUACCCUUUUUAGACUUCUUGCUUCUCUUUUUCUUUUUUUAA